UGGAGGGGUGACACACGCAGGACGGGACGUCAGUCCGUCGCAAGGCACCCCAGGCGGGACUCGAAGCCCCUACCGACCGGAAAGCAGGAUCCGUUCCAACCCACUGCGCCCCCGCUAGCCUAGGUAUAGGUUUCGUUUUCCUCAAAUCUUGGUAUUCUUCGUUAAAAAAAACGGACCAAUCGCGGCAGAGCGCAGACACCGAGCAGAUAAAAGCCGCCGCGUCGCUCUUACGUAUUCGCAGUGUGGGUGAUUCUCUGUGCGUGUUGUAUUAGAUACUUGUCCCCUUUUUCAGAGCGUGAAAAGAACGUAGCGCUGUUGUUGUUGUCGCCUCGGCACUUCCUCACAUCCGAAUUUUUCUUACUCAAGAGUCCACGAGUGAAAAGAAAAGAAACUUGGUGGGAGAGGAACUGAAAGCCAAAAGGAAACCUGAGUGAAAGAUAAGUGCGGUGGAAAAACCAGGAAGGUCACUGUUGUUGGUCAUCAUGGCACUCAGUGGAUGCGCUCAAAUUUGUAAAUGUAUUCUCAUCCUUUUUAAUACUGUGUUUGGUCUUGUAGGGUUUGGAAUGGUGGCGCUGGGUCUGUGGCUCAGAUUUAGCUCUGUAACCCAAAGGAUCUUUGAUGUCAAUCUUGACACACAAGCGUUUGUCAUUGGAAUAAUCCUGUUAAUUGUGCUGGGCAUUCUGAUGUUCAUCACCUCUAUCUUGGGCAACUGUGGCGCCUGUUCAGAGAGCCGAUGUGCUCUGGCAGCGUUUUGUUUCAUGCUGGGCCUGCUGGCUGGAGCUGAGAUUGCUGCUGGAGUGCUGACUUUCCAAAAUCGUGGCAAGGCUGGGGAGAAGCUUUCCGAAUUCUACCAGACUGUAUACGUGCAAUAUGUCAACACAGCAGGCGACCCCAGCAUGUCCAUAACUCUGACGUUUUUCCACAAGAUGUUCGAAUGCUGUGGCAUUUUGGGAAGAGUCCUUGAACCCAUCGUCAAAGAAACUUGUCCAUAUGAAGGAAUUGUUCAGGCCAUUGUAACCCCUCCCUGUCCCAGUGUCAUCCCGAACAUAAUAGAUACCAAAGCCUCGGCCUUCCUGGGAGGAUUUGUGGGAAUUGCGGCCAUAAUGAUUUGUGCACUAGCAUCCGCUUGCAUCCUGUCGAGUGGAAUCAAGCACAGCCAGAUGGAACCCAUCGUGCAAUACACCGGGUCAAAAUUUGUCUACUGAGAAGAGGAACAAGAGCUCGAUUCCUGAUGUUUGUUGCCUGGGCCCAGAUGUGGCCUUCUUCUGGCAUGCCCUCUCCUUCAGCCAACCUUUUACCUAAUACGUUCCAAGACAAUGUUCCAGCCAAUUUGUCCUUAACAUUAUGAAAGGACCAAUGUUUCUGCUUUCGGUUCUUGUUUUUCACUGGGUAUUGCUUCCCUUUUACAUACACCAUCUCUUCAUUAUAGGUUUGACCGAAGUACAUGUCAGUUUCACCUUGAACCAUGUUUACAUUAAUGUUGCCUUUUGUAUGCUGGCUAAUUAAACAGAAUUUUAAUGAGAAAUACAGGAUACAACAGAUGGGACAUUUUCAGUCCGUGUCAGCCAUAUUAGGAACACUGAAAGUCUAAAAUGAAUAAUACCUCUUCAAAGUUCAGUCUCAAUUGUUGUAACACCGCUCUCAAAAAAUCCUGCAAAUGUAGGAUAGACUUAUUAACCAAUUCAAAUAAAUUUAUCAAAUAAUAAGCAUACAUUUACAUUUGAUCAUCAUUGACAUUUGAGUAAAAAAAGAAAAACGA